GAGGAGGACUGAGGGAGGAGGAGGAGAGAGCUGAGUGCGAUCAGAGGCCGUCCUGCUUCGGGGCUUCUCAUGGACUUUCCAGGAGCCUCCAGCCACCACUGCUGGACCGCUGGAGCAUAGGGGGUGGACUGCAUCCUCAGCCUGUGUGUGAUUCCUCCCCUGCUGGCCGUUCCAUAACGAGAUGGUGAUUUUGGGCGCCGAUCUGACGUUCCUGUUUUAAAGGUAACACUGUUAUUGCCCCCAUCUGAGACGCAGAAAAAUCUCGUGUAGAUCCUCUGCCAGCAUCCAAGGAACCGACGCGAAUUGGUGUCUCGAUGCUUUGAUAACAGACACUGCGACUGAUUUGGACUCGUAAAGAUGCCUCAGGAACAGUACGCUCACAGGAGCACUCUCUCCAGCAGCGAGGGACCCCAUGUGUACAAGGUGGGGAUUUACGGCUGGAGGAAGAGAUGCCUGUAUUUCUUCGUCUUGCUUCUAAUGAUCCUUAUCCUGGUGAACCUCGCCAUGACAAUCUGGAUCCUCAAAGUCAUGAACUUUACUAUUGAUGGAAUGGGGAACCUGAGAAUCACAGAAAAGGGUUUAAGGCUGGAGGGAGAUUCUGAGUUCUUAAAACCUCUGUAUGCCAAAGAAAUCCGCUCCAGGCCGGGAAGUCCGUUAUACCUCCAGUCAGAUCGAAAUGUGACCCUAAACAUUCUCAAUGGGGACAUGAAGGCCGUCACUCAAUUAGUGGCAGGAUCAGAAGCUAUAGAAGCAUAUGGGAAACGUUUGGAGGUGAAGUCCAAUAAAGGAAAGUUGCUGUUUUCUGCAGAUGACAACGAGGUGGUCGUUGGAGCAGAUAGAUUGCGGGUUGUAGGUGCAGAAGGCGCCGUGUUCCCCAAAUCCCUAGAAACUCCAUACGUCAAGGCUGAGCCAUUCCACCAUCUAAGGUUGGAGUCUCCGACUCGCUCCUUGGUGAUGGAAGCACCCAAGGGGAUUGAAAUUAAUGCAGAGGCAGGACGUUUGGAAGCAUCAUGCAGGUCGGAUUUACGUCUCGAGUCUACAGAUGGAGAGAUCCUUCUGCAAGCUGCCACGGUGAAGCUCCCACAGCUGCCGCGAGGGUCCUACUCCUCCACGAGCUCCCGCCAGAAAGUCUACGAGAUAUGCGUAUGUCCCAACGGAAGAUUGUUCCUUUCACAAGCGGGCGUUGGAUCCACCUGCCAGAUAAAUACCAGUGUAUGUCUGUGAUAGACUGACCAAACAGAUCACUGGACAAAGAGCAAGACUAUAAACAGACACAGGAAGCCUCAGAAAACAAAAUACGUGUGUGUGUGUGAAUAUAUACAAAUUUAUAUAUAUAUAUAGAUAUAUAUACCGUAUAUAUAUAUCUGUAAAUCUAUUAAUCUCCUGAUGAGGAGAUGUUUCAGUGCCAGAAGCUCAGGGUGAUUGUCAUGUGUCUUCCCUAAUAAGCUUAAUUCUAAAUUUAUUUUCUCAUCAACUAGAAUAAUAGCUGGGUUCAGCCUGGGUUCAAUUACUUGGGAAAUUUCUCAUCCUUACUGAUGGUGCCCAAAGAAAUGUAUAGCUGUGUUCACCCGUCCUACACAAGGGUUUGGUAAGUCUACCACCGAAGCCUUAGCCACGGAACGCUUUUUGUUCAAGAGAAACGUACGCAGCCUGAUUAAAAUAUUAGUAAUUAAUUCCAAUAUUAGUACUUUCCCUGUCUAAGAACAUUGUAAAGAUUGAGAUCGAAUAUCCCAAGGAUAUGACACGUAGCUAGCUGUGUAUUUAUGUCCCCCAUUUUACAGCAGUGGGGCAACUGCCCCCUAGACACUUCUGCCACCCGGGGCAGAAUAAGCCACUGCACAUAGCCAUAGUCGGACAUAGUUACCCUGACUGAUGACGGUCAAAGGGUGGGUUCUACAGAUAAAA